AUGUCGUCGCUCAUCAGCACCCCUUCUUCAGGGGGUCCUUCGACUCCUCUCAACAGGCUGCAUGUCCACUCGUCGAUCGCUUCUCACUUGUCCACGGAAUUGUCAUUUCUCCAGACGUUACUCCUCAGAGCGAGGGAUCAACAUCGUACGCAGCUGUUCCUGAGGAGGAUGCACGAGGUGUUAAGGAUCGGAAAGAUACUGCUCAAAUACGUGAGGGAUACAUCGAGCUUUCAAACGGAUGAGAAUGGAUGGGAGACGAGAAGAUUAACAGGAGAAAGAUUGAUAUAUCGUAUGGUUAAGUCACUAUUUACCGCCCAGCGCUUUACAUCCCAAAUCAUCGAACUACACCAUUUCUUACCCCUUCAAACUAGCGUAUUGGCUAUCUACGCUAGGUUGUUCACGAUAACGAUGAACAUCGCAAGUGGCCUGGGAAUGGAUCCAGAUCAAGUAAUUCAACAUGGUGGCCAAGUGAAGUAUCAGAAGAAAAAGAAGUUGAGGACAGUCAAUGUCGACGACGAACGAGAUAUGAUUGGAGAGGUGAUUUUGAGUGAUACUACAAAAGGUCUGGGCGAAGACAUGGGUAUACAUGUGAUUGAACUGGGUGAAAGGAUCGAAAGACCUUCAAUAACACCUCGAACACAAGAAAGUUCUCCUUCGACUUCUCGACGUCAGCCACCUAUAACAAAAUCAAAUGACAGACAAUUCGACAGAACAUCGUCUCAGAUCGAACAGCCGACUGGUUUGUCUUCACGGUCUCAAUCACCUCUGAUCUUAGCUCAGCCCGUACUUGGGGAAGAUGAUGGGUAUAUAUCUUCUCGUCUCCCUGAUACCAUAAAAUUUGUCAACAUGCCCGACGACAAUGAUCCAACGAAAGAUGGGAGAAUGGAAGGUAUAACCAAGAAAGAGAAGAAACGAUCUCAUGAUCUUGAUCUUAUAUCCGAUUCGAUCUCGUUCCCCGCUCAGUCAUCUGAAGAACUGCCGGAAGAUUCCAAUGAUUCGAAAAAGAAGAAGAAAAAAAAAGGAGUCACAGUAGUGGAUGAGACGUUGGAGAGACCUAAAAAGAAGAAGAAGAAGAAGAAAGAUGCUAUGGACGAUAUUUUUGGGUUUUGA